AUGGAGGAAAAUAUAACACAGAAGUUUGUCACAGACGUAGUGGAGCACCUAGAGCCGACUGAUAUAUUGGACUACUUUCCAGCACUUAAUGAUGACGAUAUUUACACGAUAGAACAGCUUCAGAAGAAUGGUAAAAGAGAAGAUGCAUGCCUUUCCUUCCUUGAUCUAGUAUUGAAGCAUGAUGAUACUACCGUUAGGAACGAGAAUAUAAACAUAUUGGUGAAUGCAUUUCGGGAGGAGGGUUACCAGAGAUUAGUAGAAAGUUAUGAAAAUGCUGACGAAAGUGACCAGACAGCCACGACAGAAUUUAUGGAAUUCCUUAUUAAGAUGACAAAACCUGACCUGAUGAAUGAGAUCGACGCUGCUUCUCUGAUUCCAAUACUGCUAGAGAAGGGAUACCUUAAAGUAAAGGACCAACAGUAUCUCAACUCUCUUCAGGUAGGCGACAGAUCUGAGGCCUGCAAAGAAAUGGUCAGAAGAAUCAAAAAGAAGCACAAGGACUGGGCUGUAGCAUUGUUUAAUGCCCUGAAACAGACACAACCUAACCUGCUGACCAAGUUAGAUCCCGGUGCAACCAAUGAGGAGCUUGUGCAGAAAGGUUUAGCUUCCUCUGACACUGGUCCACUGACGGAACAACCAGAAUCUGAAGAGGAGGAAUACAACUCCGACCUGGAAAAAUACGACAAUGAAGAAAGUGAAAAGUCGCAGAAAAGAAGGAAAGUACCUGAAAUGAAUUUGCGUCCUUACCAGUUAGAAUUGGCGGAGACCGCGGACAGCGGUCAAAAUACUAUCAUCUGUGCACAUACAGGAACAGGAAAGACAUGGGUUGCUCUACAUAUCACCAAAGAACAUCUGUUGAAGAACCCUGACGGUCGUGUUGUUUUCCUGGCAAGAACAAACGCCCUUGUGGAACAGCAAUAUAAUUUAUUCCAAAAGUACUUGCCAGACAGAAAGGUUUACCAUCUUCACACCGCCACAAAGGAGUGCUUAGGAAUGCAUCUAAUCAUUAAUGAUCACCAGGUAUUUUUUAUGACUCCGCAAAUCCUUCUGAACAACAUCAACAACAAACGAGUUAGUCUUGGGGAGAUAACUCUUCUUAUUCUGGAUGAGUGCCACCACAGCAGGAAAAAGGAGCCCUACAAUAACGUCAUGAAGCAUUAUCUGGCCAGGAAAAGAAAUAAAGAAACAAUCCCACAGAUUGUUGGAUUGACUGCCACAAUUGGAGUAGGAGAUUCCAGUACAGAGGAUGGAGCGUUACAGCAUAUGCUUAGAAUCUGCGCAAAUCUGGACACUUUGGAGAUAUCCACCGUGCGGAGAAACCUAGAGGAGUUUCAGAAACAUGUUGCUGUACCAAAGGAAGAAACAAUAAAGAUGGGACAAAAAGAAAAAGACCCAUUGAAGAUUCUUAUCUUCGAGAACAUUGCUCAUAUUGAAGCGUACAUCAAAACGACGGAAUUGAUGAAUAAUAAACACUUAUUACCUAUGUGGAAUAAAAGACCAGAUAAGAAAGAUGGAAAACACUACCAAAAAUGGACUGUUCACUUCCGGAACAAGGUGUCAUGCAAACUAAGAAACAAUAAAGAACUGGUGCGAGUUAUAUACACCGCCAUGACUCACCUUGCAGCAUACAAUGAAGCUUUAGAUGUUAAUUAUCUGAUGAAUAAAGAACAUGUUAUCGAGCACAUGGAGAGGAAAUUCGAGGAGGAUCUCAAAACUCUGGACAGUGCAAGCGAAAAGGAAAGGGAGUUCCUUCUAAUGAUUAUUGAGUUUUGCAAGAAGGUUGAGAAAAUGAAAGUUGAGAUGAACCCGUAUCUGAAGCUGAUGAGAGACAAAGUGGUGGAAUUGGUUACUGAGUAUGAGGAGAUAAAAGGAAUGGUUUUUGUACAGACAAGAGCUACAGCAUUUGCCUUAGCCCAAUAUUUGAGUCAGGAACUGGGAUCCCUGGGCAAUGGAGGAUUGAGGGCUGGUCCUUUUACAGGAACAAACUCAUCAGAAACCAGCCGAGGUAUGCCUGAUACCCAGAAAAACGAAACUUUGGAAAACUUUAAGAGAGGAAUCCUUAAUGUGCUGGUAGCGACCUCUGUCGGCAGUGAGGGAAUCGAUGUUCCAGAUUGCAACUUUAUUAUAACUUAUAACUACACCGGAAACGAGGCUAACGUCAUACAGAUGAGUGGUCGUGCUCGCCAAAAGAGCUCCACAGUUGCCCAUAUAUCUGACCAAGCCAUUCAAAAGCGGGAAGAAAUUAGUUUACAGAAGGCUAAGUUAAUGUACGAAGCCUUUAGACGACUCAACUCAAUGCUGCCAGAGGAUCGAAGACGUAAGAUUCUGAAUUACCAGGAGGAGAUACGUGUCGUUGGUGAUCUCUUUUCUUCGGAAGAAGAUACCUACAAGGUCAAAAAACCCUUCCGUUUGAUUUGCUUUAAAUGCCAUGCAGAUGCAGUAAACAGCGAAGAUUUGAGAAUUUAUGUUGGUCAACACCGCGUUGUGACAAACCCAGACUUUCGGUCUCGCUGUGACUUUGAUAAGAGCACCGCUCCCUCCAGAUACACCAUUUCCACGAUAAAGUGCGCCAAAUGCAAGCUGAAAUGGGGAACUACUUUCAAGAUUGACGAGUUUGAGAUUCCGGUGCUAAAGGUGGCAGCAUUUCUUUUCGAAAGUGCAGGUGAAGAACCACGUAAAAUCAAGAAAUGGGGCCGUGUCGAUUUCUUCAUUGAGAGCAUUAACAAGUCAGAUCUUUUGGAGAUUUACAAAGAAAUAGUAGAUGUAGAAGAGACCGAAGAACAAUAACCGCUCACUAUUACCAGUAUCACAAAACUGCAAACAUGACUAAAAUCAGAGCACUGCACAAAUUCAUAGACAUAUCGAGCAAAAUUCAAUCUUGGAAUUCUUAUUGCAUUUUAUUAAUGAUAAUCUGAUGAACAAAAACUUCUUUUGAAUAGUGAAUAGAAAACUUUCACCAGUGAAUAAGAUAUUAUAAAUGGAAAAGACUAAAGCAUCUA